AUGCGUCCACCUAUCUUAAGUACGGGAAUGUUGUCACGAGCGCAGUCAACUGCAGAUGAAGUUGAAACAACAACAAAAUGGUGGAAUGAUUAUCCAACAUCGCGUUAUAUCGAUUUAGCUCGUCCUAAAACGACAUUUCAAAAUUAUAUGUCAAAUGUUUGGAGUAAACCAAAAGAGCUUGCUCGAUCAGCUUCUUAUACCAAUCUUACAUAUAUUAAGGAAGCAGAACAUGAUUUUCCAAUUCGUCGAUCAACAUCCGUUUCAUUGCUUGCGCCAUCUUUAGCAUUACCACAACAUUAUCGUCAAGCAGAACGUGUUAUUGAUGCAAUACCUGUUUAUCAGCCAAAAAUUUAUAAUUGGUAUAAUAAUUCAUACAGUAAAGCACGAUGGAUUGAUACUCAUGACACUGUAACAAAACCAAUUCGUAUGCCGUUCUUUGAACCAAUGCCGUAUAGUUCUUAUGUUCCAUACUAUACAUUUCAAACAAACAGGAUAUUUUUCAAUGAACGAAUGGAACCAUUGAAAUCAUACGUUGCUGAAUCACAAAAUUACUUAAAUAGAUAUGUAUCAGCAAGACUUAAGGCAGAUGAUUUUGCUCAACAGUAUGCAUACACAUCAUAUGAUUGGAGAUAUCCUCAGGAUCAUGGAUUUAAUCGACAUUUUAUGUACGGUGAAGGUGUAUAUAUUCCUCAUGCUCCACGUAUACCCUACUCCUAUAACGAUGCGCAAGCGCUACGAAAACUUUACAUUACAACAGGACGGUUCCGCUUUGCAUAA